CCACGGAGGACACGUUUUGUGUGCGGGUCGAACAAUGGCCCUCCUGACGUCAAUGUGCGAGGCGUGACUGGUCACGGUCACAUCCACUUCGCACACCGCCUCAAUCGAUUACCGACCGAGCCCUCACCACACCUCGCAUCCUCAGCCAUGACCGACCGAAUCCGCGAACGCCUGACGAACCUGCGCAACGAUCUUGACACGCAGAUUGCGCGCACUGAAGCAGCGGAAGCAGAGUCAAAGGCGCUGAAGCAGACUCUACUAGAGAAGGAAAACGAGAUCAAGAGUCUGUCGCACAACCUCGCGAUUGCGGAGGAGAAGAUGGAGAAGAUGGAGGGUGACUUGAAGGAGGCGUCAGAGAAGGUGCGACACCUGGAUGUGCAGGCGGAGCAGGCAGAGCGGGCUGUUCAGGCUGCGGAGACGAAGCGGGAUGAGUGGGAGGCCAAGUACGAGUCAUCUGAAGAGAAGCACCGCAAGGUCAAGGCUGACCUCGAAGAACUGGAGCGCACGAUGGAGGGUCUCUAGAGGGACUGCAAUUCUGUGCUGGCCCCUUCUAUGAAACGGCUGAAUGGACAGCUGCCUGUAUACAUACUUCUCAUCAGCCCCGCGUCUUUGCGUGCUCUCCCUACGAUACUUACGGUCGAAUGCACCGUUCAGUUCUCUCAAUACCGAUCCUUCGGUGCAUUCACCUGGUGCUCUGGACCUCACACCACGAUUCCGGAACCCGAGAGAUGAUAGCGGGUUUCGUUUUCACGGGCUGGUGAGGAUUGUGGCCCAGUGGCUGGUACGCGAAUCCGCGAUGUCAAUCGGUCGGUAGCUCGCUGUGUCUCUCCUUCAUUCCUCUCGUCUCCCACUGGAGACCUUGUCAUCGAGAUGGACACAUGCGUGAGCGUUCUGCCGACAACGUGCGGCAGCUGGGACCAGGACAACAAUCUGGUACUCUGUGGCAAGAG